AUUUCACAUAGAAACCUGUUGCCAAGUUGCAGCUAAAAAAGUAUUCUCAUGUGCUAAAACUCAAAAUCGAAAUUGGCUGUAGCCCAAACACAAAAAUGAAUCAAAUCCUAUAAAUAAAUAUUUAAGAGCAGAGGAAUAUUAGCUUGAAAUAGCCAAAGGUUUGUGGACACCUGAACAUCAUAUGUACUUAUUGAACAUCCCAUUGUAGAUAUACUCCCCUCUUUGCUGCUAUACUAACCUUCAAUCAUCUGAGAAGGCUUUCCAUUAGAUUUUGGAUCAUGGCUGUGGGGAUUUGUGUUUGUUCAGCCACAAGAGCAUUCAGUGCUCCAGUUCAUCCCAAAUGUGUUCAGUGGGGUCAAGGUUCUAUGCAAGCCAGUCAAGCUACUACAGCAUACAAAGACUAGGACAGUUCUGAGAAAAUCUGAUACAGCUGUGAGCUGCUACCUUUGUGGUAACAGCUUGGGUGAGAACCACAUAUUGGUGUAAUAGUUUGCCCACAUAUUUUUGUACUCUGGUUUGUAAUGUUCUAUAUUAGCCUUUAGUUACUAGUUUUUGUUUGUCUACAGGUGAGGUGUUGAUAUUUGAUAGAUAGAUAGAUAGAUAGAUAGAUAGAUAGAUAGAUAGAUAGAUAGAUAGAUAGAUAGAUAGAUAGAUAGAUAGAUAGAUAGAUAGAUAGAUAGAUAGAUAGAUAGAUAGAUACUUUAUUCAUCCCAAUGGAAAUUUACAACUUCCAGCAGUAUCCACAAACAGGUAAUAAAUUGUAAUAAAAUACUAAAAAUGUAAAGGUACUAAAGAUAAUAAGGUAAUGUGCAAUGUACAAUGCAUAGUGUACAGUUUGUUGUACAGUUCAGGACAGAGAGUAAUGUCAGCACUGACUGCAACCUGUCACUGAAGCUGCUUCUCUGUCUGGAUAUUAUGCUGUGCAGCGGAUGCACUGAUAGAACAUCUGCAGCAGCUUUUUAUAGAUGUUAAAUGACACCACCCUUCUAAGAAAGCACAGUUGGCUCUGUCCUCUCCUGCACAGAACAUCCGUGUUAGCAGUCCAGUCCAUUCUAUCAUCCAGCUGUACUCCAAGGUAUUUCUAUGUCUUAACAAACUCCACACAGUCACCGUUGAUAUUCACAGGCUCCAGGUGUGGCCUGGGCCUCCUGAGGUCCACCACCAUCUCCCUGGUCUUUGUGGUGUUGUGCAACAAAGUCCUGGAUCAGUUUUCUGUACUCCUCCUCCUGUCCCCUCCUGAUAAAGCCCAUGAUAGCAUGUCGUCCACAAACUUUUGUACGUGGCAGGACUCUGAACAGAACCAGAGAAAGCACAGUCCCUAGUGGUGCUAGGUUUCGGUUUAUAUCUUUCAUCACAAACAGAACAGCAUCUGAUUAUUUCCUUUUUGAAAGAAUAAGUACAUAUGGCAAGUUUAGUAGCUCUAAAGCUAUUGGUACAACAGCAACAGCAGCUUUUUUAAACAACCAUUUGCUGUGGAGUUGUAAGGCAUAGUUAACUUCGUAAUUGUAGUGUAAAUCUAUCUAACUCUUUUAAUGUGAUAUGUGUUAAGGCACCUGCUUCUGCAAACAGCAUUUCCUGUUUGGUGGGUUGUCUUUCUCUGUCUUUCAAAAAAAAAAAAAAGCCACAGCACCAACACGCACGCUAGUUGAAUGCAUUGCAGAAACUUCAGAAAACAUUCAAGAUAUGGUUGCUAUUCUCUGAGCUGAAAACAAUGGGCAAUAAAACUAGCCAAAAUAGCUGCUUUUCGGUUAGCUUAGACUUUCCAAAAGUCUUCUUAUCCACUGUAUAUACAGUUGUUUUUUUUUUUGGACUUCUCAGUAACUGCUUUGGCUUGAAAUCUAUUGUGAAAAACUGGAGGAAGCUGGGAAACAUUAAAAUAUUUGCUUUAAACUUGUGCAUUGCCGAUAUUUUGUACCUGCUUACCUUGCCGUUUUUGGUGGCCUACUAUAUAAACUCACGGGAAUGGAUCUUUGGACAACCUUUCUGCAAGAUCACAAGAAUCUUAUUCAACAUCAAUCUCUAUGGGAGUAUUGGAUUUCUCACGUGCAUCAGUGUGUACAGAUAUCUGGGUGUUGUACACACACUGAAGGUGAAAGGCAGGAUAAAGGUGCGUCACUCUACUGGAAUAUCUGUACUUGUCUGGAUCUUGGUGUUGGUUCAGUGUCUGCCUGAUGUGUAUUUUGAUAAAACAGGCCAGAAUAAAAGCCAAUGCUUCGACACAACUGAUAACAACAGCACAGAGAAAUACUUAAAGUACAGCAUUACACAGACAGUAACUGGAUUUGUAAUCCCUUUGGUGCUAAUGGUCUGCUGCUAUGGCCACAUGGCGGUGAUCCUAGCCACUAAUAAAGAUAUUGGAGACACCCAGCUGAAGCUAAAGUGCCUCAGGCUGGUGGUGGUCCUGGCCAUGCUCUUUUCCAUAUGCUACAUUCCUUUCCACAUCUUCAGAAAUCUCAACCUGAUGACUCGCAUCUCAAAACACUUUCAUAGAUCCUGUAAGCCAUGGUACUCCAGCAUGUACAUUGCCAAACAUAUAAGCGAUGGACUAGCAUGCCUGAACAGUGCUCUAAACCCACUUGUUUAUCUGAUAAACGCCGAUGAUCUGCUGAAGAGGGGUUUUCGUUUCAGGAAAAAACAGCAAGAGGAUCCACGUUUGCCGUGCCCAACUUUGGAACAAACUAAUCUUACAUAUGUAAAGUGAGUGCUCUUUGUAAUCAGGUUCAUGCUGGGUUGGGGUGGGGUGGGAUAAUGUGCUUGCUUUGUGGUUGUGCUUUUUUCUGCUUCAUCUGAGUGCACUGAAUGUUCAUACAAAAAUUCUUGCAUGAAGUUGUUUAUUUUUUAUUGUUAAAACUGAUUGAUGAUGGUGGUACUCCAGUUUACAAUGCAAAACAUAAUAUUUUAUAGAGCAUUAUUAUUAUUAUUAUUAUUAUUAUUAUUAUUAUUAUUAUUAUUAUUAUUAUUAUUAUUGUUUUUGUUAUUAUUACUACUACUAGUACUACUAAAAUUUUUCUACUUUUCAUUAUUAUAAAAACUGAUAUACAAAAAAAUAACGGUGGUCUCUGUAAAUACAGCAAUAUGUACGUAGGUGUGUCUGCAACAGUGGGUAUUUUUGGUUGUUCUUUGCUUUAAAAAAAACUUAAAAUUUUGGAUUUAAUAUUCAAAUAUCAUCCCAAAUACUUUCGAUAAGAAUUGUUUGUUUGUUUGUUUGUUUGUUUUUUACAGAUAAGUCUGUAAUACUAUAAAUACAUUUUCUAAAUGUCUGUAAGGGAUCAAGUAAAAUACGCAAGUCAAAUUUGAUCAUCUUUUCCGAUUACAUUUUCAAGAUGAUUAUUGCAAGAAAUUAUUAAUUAUUAAUAAACAUGAUUCCAUUGCUAUAAU